UUGCUUUAGGGCUCAGCAGAGAGCAUCACAAGAUUCCACAGUUCAAGCAAUCGGCCAUGGCCACCACCUAUAUGGAUCGCCAGAUCCCCAAGAUCUCCCUUCGCGACUUUGAUGACAGGAUCGACGAGAUCACUGUCGAGAUCUGCACCGCGGCUGAAAACGUCGGCUUCUUCUCCGUCAUCGACCAUGGCCUCACGCCAGAGGAGAUCAAGGGUAUCUUCGCCACAUCAGAGAGCUUCUUCGCGCUGCCAGACGAGAUAAAGGCCACGGUGCCAUGGAACCCGCAGAAUGUAGGCUGGGAAAAGAACUCUCAGGUUCGGCCCUCGACUGGUGCCGCCGAUAUGAAGGAGUCGUACCAGCUGCAGUUCGGCGAGAACAUGCUUACUGGCGGUAAGGGCUCUUCUGGCGAGAGCAGCAUGUGGAUGAGCGAUCGCCACCUUCCAGGCUUCCGAGAAGACUGCCUGCGCUUCAUGCACCGUGUCCAGGAGGUCUCCAACAAGCUCAUGGUCUGUCUUGCCCGGGGUCUCGGCUUUCCAGACGACUACUUCCUCCAGUCGCACAAUCCAUCCGACCCGACGUGUCAGAAUGUCAUGCGUCUCCUGCAUUACUUUGCUACUCCGGAGGUCAACGAUGGGAAAAUCUACCACAGAGCGGGAGCACACGCAGACUGGGGUCUCCUCACUCUGCUCUUCCAGCAAGAGGGUCAGACCGGGCUGGAGAUCUGCCCAGGCCGUGAGGCGGUGACCAAGUUUGCCCUGGGCGAUACUUGGACAAGAGUCAACAUCGAGCCGGGUGCUAUCAUCUGCAACAUUGGCGACAUGCUCAUGAGCUGGUCUGACGACCGUUUCAAGUCUACAUUCCACCGUGUCAAGGCGCCGUGUGAGCCCGGAGACUACUACGGCGAGCGCUUCAGCAUCGCCUUCUUCAACCAGCCGAGCAAGGAUACCCUCAUCCAGGGCCCCAAGAAAAAGUACCCGGAGAUUACGGGCCGGCAGUUCAUUGCUAAUGCUAUGCGGAACAACUUUGCGGCUAACAAAAGUGCAAGCGCGGCGCAGGAGAAAGUGGCCAUGCAUGAGUCCUCAUCAGCUAUACCAGCUGGCGCCUGAUAAGUCAUUAGCGAGAAGAUCCUAAGUGUAUGCAAUAUAGUGCUUUUUUGUC